AGCAAGCGGAAGUUGACAAUCGUACGCACCACACAUGUGUUGACAUGGUUGACACACCACGAUAUGUUGUCAUUUGAGACGCGUUAAUAAAAACAAAUUAUCAGUCGGCAUCUGCACUUCUUUUGACAUCACCAGAGAGACGAGUUACAAACGAGACGACAUAUUCGACAUGGUUUUCAUUUAUAAUUAUUUGUUAUUUGUGCUUUCGGUUUUGUUACUUACCACCGAAAGUUCGUCUGCAGAAGGAGCCGACCAGUCGGGUACAAGAACCUUGUCUCUGGAGAAAAGUAUUGUGUGGGGACCUGGACUGAAAUCUAGGUUUUCUCUGCCGGUCAGAUAUUUUUUCAUCCAGACUGUAGACCAAUUUGGAGAAAACUUUACAGAGUCAAUCGGAGAAAAGGCAUUUGAGGUCAAGAUUAGCCAGGAAGAUGGCGGGCGGGCCCGUAUAUAUGCCCAGGUGCUGGACCUUCAAGACGGCAGCUACGCCGUAAGAUUCCGCCCCUUCGAGAGUUACAGCACUCUCAGAAUAAACCUCCUACAUGAAGGAAACCAUGUGGGCAAGUCCCCGUACUACCUAAAAGGAAUGGUGUACCAUGAGAACUGUUACUGCCCCAUGACUAACAUUGAGAAGUGGUACGUCGCACAUGAUUGUCCCGACACGUACGAACAAAUAGACAAAGAUCUGUCCAUUUUUAAAAGAGUCAACCUUAAAAAAGUGGCAGACGAGGCGGUCAGUCGGUUCAACAAGAAGGGCAUGCAUAGUCUCACCCACUACAGGAUCAUCAACAACAAGGUUUAUAGGAAGACCUAUGGAGAACACGUAGGAUUCAAAAUGUUCAGUGACGCCAUCAUCCUGUCACUCACUCGCAAGGUAGUCCUACCUGAUGUGGAGUUCUUUGUUAACCUUGGUGACUGGCCCCUAGAGAAGAAGUCCCUGGCCGAGGACCCCAUCCCAGUGUUCUCAUGGUGUGGGUCAGAUGACACCAAGGACAUUGUCAUGCCGACCUAUGACCUCACAGAGGCCACCAUUCAAAUGAUGCAUAGGGUUACCUUAGAUACUCUAUCUGUCCAAGCAACAAAAGUGGCUUGGGAAAACAAAACUGAGAAAGCUUUCUGGAGGGGGCGAGAUAGCCGACAAGAACGUCUUGAUCUCGUUGUGAUGUCUCGGAAAGAACCUGAGCUGAUAGAUGCUGCCCUCACACACAUGUUCUUCUUCAAGAAAGAGCCAGAAAAAUAUGGGGAGCUGGUCAAAUCCACACCCUUUUUUGAUUUCUUCAAUUACAAGUAUCAAAUAAAUCUAGAUGGCACAGUAGCAGCAUACAGAUUUCCUUACUUAAUGGGAGGUAACUCUGUUGUUCUUAAACAAGACUCGCCUUAUUAUGAACACUUUUACAAGAGUUUAGAACCUGGCAAACAUUACAUUCCAUUCAAAAGAGACCUUAGUGAUUUGAGAGAGAAAAUUCUAUGGGCCAAGAGUCACGAUGAGGAGGUGAAGAAGAUUUCUAAAAAUGCUCAAAAUUUUGUUAGGGAAAACCUACUUCCAAAGGAUGUAUACUGUUACCAUGCUAAGUUAUUUGAUAGAUUUUCUGGUCUUUUGGUGUCCAAACCUGACAAGCCCAAUGGAUCCUGGGAAUUGGUAGAACAGCCAAAUGAUCAGGACUCCAAAUGUGAUUGUAAACGACUAAAGAAAACAAAGAAGCACGAUGAACUAUGAUACAGUAUGGGACCAGUCAUACCUGUGGCAGCAGAGCAAAUGUUUUUUGGGAGGAUUCAAUAUAAUCUUUUGACCACUCUCAUUUAAAUUUUAGCAUCAGGCGGGCCUGAUAACAAAUUAUAUCAUCCAGUCUGGCAUGUUUUAUCAUUUAAAUUUUUCAUAGGCAUGAUCCAAUUUUGAUGAUAUUGGGGCAUUUAGUUUUCUUUAUAGGAUACUAGUAUCAUGGGUUUUUCAUUCUAUGAGAGUAUUGUGAUUAAUGUUCAAAUUGAUAUGAUUUGCAAGGAAUGAAAGAUAGAAGGAUUUUGUUGUAUGUACCUGUGUAGAGUAUAACCCUUGUUAUUACCAUCAGCUGACAUUUACCUGCCUAUGUUUUGUUAGGCUGGUAAAGCGUAUAGAUCUCAGUAUUAUGGUACCUAUAGUCAAUGCAUGAAACCUGCAGUCAUUAAUAUACAUCUAUACUCUAUGCUUUUCUUACAUUUAAGGAAAUCCUGCAAUGUGUAUUAAUAUGAUAUACAUGUACAAGUAUUUCUUGGGUUUUUUUUGGCAAUUUGUAGAAUAAGUUUAUGCUUUGACACAAAUCUGUUUUUAAUCAUUUAGUCAUUAUUUUGUAUCUACUCAUUAGGUCUUACUUUUAUGUACAAGUGCCAUAUAUACCUAACAGCAAAGUUAUGCACAACUACAUUGUAUUGCCAUAUACUAGUACACGAUAUUGUAUUCAUGUAUCUGAUUUAUUUAGGAAAUGAACUCAAUGUCUACCCAAGUUAUUCGAGUAUAACCUGGGCUGGGGCAGUUUACGCUUUAUAAUCCGCGAAGCAAUUUACGCUUUUUUAUUAUCCGCAAAGCGGAUUAUAAAAAAGCGUAAAUUGCUCCAACCAGGGUUAUACGAAUAUAACUUGGGUAGAUAUUGAGUUCAUUCAUUAUAAUUUAAUUUACUGUACAAAUUAAGUGCGUUUUACUUUUAAAAAUAUGAUAUUAAUCUGUUCAAAAUUCAAACGUAACGUCAAACGGAUUAGUACGUUUUUUACGUUGGUGCAUUGUGACCUGCAAACCAAGUUGUACGAAGGACUAUAUAUGGUUUGAGCCUAAAAUGGCCCCCUAAAAUGAACAUUGUCAAUUUACUGUAAUUCUUUGUUUUAUUAGUACAAAUAUACAUUUGAAGUUUUUUCAUAAUUUUCAUUUAGAUUUUAGUGCCCACAAUUGUAAAAUAUGACAUCAUAAAGUUUACUUUUUCCUGCCAUUUUCACAUUUUUAGCAUAAAACGGCUUGUUUUGAGGCAGUUUUUCUUUAAGGAAACAUUGAGCGACUGCUUGAACAAACAAAAUAUUUUCACCAAAGGUGUAUCUUUCCAAUACUUAUAAGUGACAAAAAGUUUGUUCUUGUUCAAAGAGUCGCUCUAUGUUUCCAAUUCGAAAAAAGAUAAGAAAAAUGUCAAUUUUUGGUUGAUUUUGAUUGAAUUAUAAAAAUAUCGUCACUUCUGACGUCAUAUACUGCCAGUGAGUGCAUAUAAAUCAAAUAAAUAGGUAUAAACAUAUUUCAUGUCAACUUUUUUAUAAAAUAACACAACAAAUUAAUGUACCUGAAUCAUUUUAAAAAUAGCGAAUUUUGGGGGCCAAAUUAGACUAAUAUCAUAUAUAGUUCUUUAACUAAAUUUUUCCAUCCAAUCAAAUGCCGCGUUACAACCAGAAUUAAAUUAUUUUCUGUUCAAGAUCUAUUUUCAGGGAUGUAUUUAUAGUGAUAUGCUGGUACAGUACUAAUUUAUUUAUUGAGCAGGUGUGACCUUAAUAAGAAAAUUUUAAUACAUAUAAUUAGGUCUUCAUGUUUUAUAAUAUUUAGCUCACCUGAGCCAAAGACUCAUUAACUGUUUUUCUAAGAUUUUAGCCAAGUAUGGCAUAUUAAAGCAUCCUUGGGUAUAGGGCUAUCAAAAGUUUUAAAUGAAGGACCAAGCCCUAUAAUAGGGACAAUAAUACAAAAAUAAGGGAAAUGUGAUGGAAUGUUUUUUUUUCUCCAAAAAAUGUUUUUCUCUUGAAUUGAUAUGAUAAAAAUUUUGAAUGACAUUCCUUACAUCUAGUAGGUCCAAAUGUACCAUACUCAAACCAUGAUGUUUUGGGGUCAAGAAGGGUCAAAUAUAUGUAUUUAAAUGUAUUUAGAAAAAAAUAUUUUGAGUAAUGUGAUGCAAUGAUUUAUGGAAUUUUCAAGCAAAAUCGAUGUAAAAGGUUUUUUUUUUCUUAUUCAACUUUUGACGGUAAUGGUAUAGAAAAGGACACGGAUGGACGAUCAAUUUUAUUUGCUUGGAAAUAUGCUGACAAGUGUCAACUCUAUUCGAAAAAUAGGGAAAACAGUAAUUAGUGCAGUUGGUGGCAAGUUAGUUUUUAGAAAAGUUCAAGUUUAUUCAAGCAGAACUCAAGGGGUUAAAUAAAUUGAAGCAAUUUAAAUAAUAACAUGUAGAGGAAAAUAUUUUUGUAUUUAUAUUGAGGCAAAUUAGUAUAUAAAAAAAUCUUGCUUGUUCAUCUUAAGAUAAACUUUCAUAAUGUUUGUGUGAGAUUUAUUUGAACCUAGACAUAUUUCUGUUCUCUGCUAAUACUCAAGCUUCUGAGCUUAUACUAACAUAAAGAUAUUAGAUGUUUACAUUAGAUAAUAGAGGUUUUGAAAGGUUUUGAGGAGACUGAACAAUAUUGUUUGAUAGAUCUGAUCCCAGUGCUAUUUCUCUUGUAUUACCAAUAAUGUGUGUAGUUUUUCACUUUGUCAAUGUAUAGUUGUUAUAGCAAAGCAUCCAAGUUUUGAUUUACCAAACUAGUCUACCUCCUGUAUAGAAGCACAUAGAACAAAUAAUUAUUUAUUUCUGUUGGUAGUUAUGUCAUAAAUUAGGGUGUAAUAUGAUACACCAUGCAAUCUUAACUGCUUUUGUGUUUAUUGUAAAUUUGCAAUAAUUAGUUUCAUCCUUGACGAUUUACCUGUGUAAACUUGUAUUUCUAUUACAUAUGACAUUUUUUAACAGUAUAAGGGACUAAUGGUUUGUUGCUUUUUAACUAAAAUUGUGUAAGAAAUUUGAUGAAUUUAUUUGAAGAAUGUAUGGUUUAUCAACUUCAUAUUGUUAUAAGAGUUGUCUGAAUUUAAGACAAGCUUAAAUCUACUCAAAAAGAAGUUCAAAAUAUUGUGAUGAAAAGAAGGGAAUGGUUUGUGAUCAUACCAGAUCUUUGUGUUUAUAUUACUAUACUUUUGGGUUAUAAAUUAUAUUGACUACAUAUCAAUGGAUUUUGCAUACAUUCUCAAUGCCAUAUUUGACAAAGGUGCUGCAAUAAUUCAUUGCAAUAUUUCAUUUAUGUUGUUUAUUAAUUUAUUCUGUGAAAAUAACUGAUGAUAUUAAUAAUAAAAAAAGAUCUGACAUUGAUUCUGUGAGAGGUUAAUUUUUCAUGACUUGUAAUUUGAGGUUUUUAUACUUUUUCAAGAUUGU